AUGGCUCCCUCAAAGUUCUCAUGGCCGUUCAAGAAACUGGCCGAGGACCUCCCACAAACAAAUCAAUUGGUCGCUAAAGAAAGUGAUAUGCGACCACCACGACAGGCACCAGAGCCCAAACCGCGUACACAACCUCGACCAAUCCGAACAGUGUGGACACAACUCAUUCUCCGUAUCAUCUCCUUACUAAUCAGCCUAUCUGCACUUUUGAUCGCGGUAUACGUUCUUGUUGGACCCAUUAAACGUACAUGGCCUGUUGUCUUCAUCUCGACCGGAUUCACCAUAUUACUGAACACGAGCGAGAUCCUCGCCCUCCUUCGAAGCCGCAUGCCCUCCCUCAAAGUCCCGCGUUUACACCCUAUCGCCCUAGUCGUCGCGGAUUUCCUCGUUAUCGGCUUCUUGAUAUGGAGUUUCCUAUUCCUCUUGCUCGAUAUAUAUUUUGGGCGUCGAAAGGACCCAGCGUACAUGUCUGACGCGGAGCCGUUUGUUUCCGUGGAGAUAUGGCUUGCCGGUGUAAUGGGCUUCAUUCACACCCUCCUUUUCAUCUUUGUUUUCAUCGACUGCUGCAGCGUCCGCUCACCGAACAGCCGAGUCAACGAACUCAGCUACCGACGCAGACGCAUGGGACCGAGCCGCGUUGGUGAGGAUGUUAUUGAGAUGGAUUGGGGUUGA